UCGAGAAGCGAGGCGAAGCUCGUCCGGUCAGCGUCAAGAAGCCUCUCGAGCGUUCGAUGAGUUCCUCGCCAUUGCCCCUUUAAAAGGGAAGACGAUGGCGUGCGUUAUGUCACAGGAACAUCGAGAAGCUCUCCGCAAGCGACUGAGGUUUCAGUAGAGGGAAAGGAAAGAAAGGGUUGCCGGAUCGUUUCGCGUCGAUAGCCGGGUCAUUUGGUUCGUGGGAUCUCCCGGAAGGAUUUAUUUACCAGUAAUACGAUCCCUCAAAUUUCCAAGACUUGUGAAGUGAACAAUUACAACUUUGAACCUUUCUCAUAGGUUAAACCAAUAACAAGAUCGCAAGAAUGGUUCCCCCUUAUGGAUACAUGGAGUCGUACCCUCAAAACAGAGACCACAUUCCUUGUCCUUAUCACCACUAUCCGAUCUGGGAAGCUGUUUCUCCUCGAACAAGAGUAGACACAGCGAGACCUUUCUCAUCCUUUGGACCAUGGACUUCCAAUGGUAGCAUAGCCCACCCAAGUCCAACGGAAGCUAAUGGUUGUUGCAGCCAUAUCUAUCCUCCUGGCUACUAUUAUUUUAGGCCUCCGUGUCCAUAUACUCCACCACCUCCUCAAGCAUAUUAUCAUGCCCCCUACCCCCCUUAUUAUAGUUCUUACCCUUCUUUUGUGAUUCCUCCUCCACAUUAUUCAGCUGAUCAAAAUCCAUAUGAUUAUGAUCGUCCCAGAGCUUCUUGUUGUGGAUGCCCUGAUCACACAUGCAACAAGGGAGGUAACAAUAGUGUGAAGAUUGAGGAACAGAAGAUCGAGAAAGAUCAGGACAAUGAAUCCUCAAGUCUAAUUCAACAGCCAAAUUACCCUUACCCAGUAGUAUGCAUCCCUCCCAGCUAUUUGAAGAACAAAAUGACUAAUAAGAGCUCUGAAUCAUCUCCUCGGUGGAAUGGAUGGAUUCCUAUGGACAUCAAUGGACUCGAUGGUGUGAAGCGAGAUGAAGAUGGGAAAAAGAGUCUGCAGUAUGAUGAGAGGAGAAAUCAGUUCCCCUGGCCAAUAAUCUGGAUGCCUGGUGAUCAGAAAUCAGAAGAUAAAGAUUUGAAGGAGAUAAAUUCGAAUCCGGAAGUUAAAGAAACACCAUCCUCAAAAAUAAAACUUAUUCCAUUAAAACUUCUGGAGGAUGAGCACAUAUCACCAGGCGACAAAGAGGACCGGCGUAAAACUCUUGGACAGCCAGAAGCAGUGACUGAAAGAGAAAGCAGAACUAAGAUCAUUCCUGUUAAGCAUAUAGAAGAGGACAACCAAAAGAGGCCUAACAUGGAUGAGAAGCGCAAAGAUAUGGAGAAGGAGAAAUCUCAUAGCAUACCUGAAAAACAGGAGGAAAAUGGGGCUAAGAAAUCAAUUAGCAAACUAUUGCCACCGACCAAGACAUCAAAGUUGCCUCCUGUAUGUUUGAGAGUGGAUCCAUUGCCGAGGAAGAAGCCCACAAAUGGCACAUCAAGGUCGCCUAGUCCACCGGGCCUCAAGGACAAGGAGAAAACAGAAAGAGAGCAGCCAAUUUUAAAAGAUAAGAAGGAAGAAAUAUCUAAAAAAGAGGUCCGGGUAGUAGAAGCUGCUGAUAAAUUGUCAAAUGAAGCAGAGAAUCCAAAAACGGAAAGUCAGGAGAUGAUGACAACUACUGUAAAGGAAGAAUCUGCUAAGAUUGGGGAAAAUCAACAGCCAGACAAAGGAACAGGACUUGAGGCUAUGGAGGUCAAAACAGUAGAGGUAUUGAAGAAUGGGAAAGAAGUUGAGGAGGAUGAACAAGUGGCAACUGAUAAAGCAACACAUGAACUUGAUGAGGGGAAGAGGUGCAUGGAGAACUCAGAAAACAUAAUUAAUGAACAAAGGAAGGAAAGGAAAAUUUUGUCACAAUCAGAUGCAGCAACUCUUAUUCAAUCUGCUUAUAGAGAAUUCGAGGUGAGAAGAUGGCGACCUCUUGAGAAGUUAAGGAAAAUUCAUCAAAUUCGUCAACAGACCGAGGCUGUGAAGAAGCAAAUUCAGAUGUUUGAAGCCUCCUCCAAGGAACAGGAUUUGAAACACAAGGUUGCAAUAAGUGAGGCCAUAAUGAAUCUUCUGUUGCAGCUGGAUACCAUUCAGGGAUUGCAUCCGAGCGUGAGAGACAUGAGGAAAUAUGUCGCCAGGGAGCUAAUCAGUCUGCAAGAUAAGCUUGAUUCUCUAGGGGAUCAUGAAAAAAUGGAAGUUGAACAACAACUUUAUUCUGAUUGUGGAGCUAUCUCUUCUACAGACUCUUUUGUAACAACCAAUUUGGAACCUGAACAUAUGUCAUCACAGACAGAGAAGACAUUUGUGGAGGGGAAAGAAGAAGCAGCUAUUAAAUGGCAGACAGAUGAUGCGGUAAUAACUGAAUCUCCAGAUUCUGUAGCUGGAACCGGUGACUUCAAAUCAUUGAAUGUGGAUAUGGGUUCUACUACUGAAGAACAUCAAGAUAUAGCUCCUCUGGAAGAACAACUUAGUUCUGCCCUGAGGGAGGCAGUGGAAUCGCAUGUUACAGAGGAAGAACAAUCCUGUGUAUCGGAAGGCGUUACUGAGAAAGAACAAUCCAAUGGAUUGGAAGGUGGAACAGAGACUUUAGCAUCUAUUCCCCAAGUUGAGGCACCUUCUGCCUCUGUAGAUGAGGUGUGGAAGCUCGAGACAGACGAGCAUGUAGAAUGUCAAGGAAUUAACUCCCUUGUUGAGCAUGUGAGAGAUGAGCUACCCGAUGCUGAAGCUGGAAAUGACGAGACGGGUGAUGUAAAAUUGGAGAAACCAUCUGUGCCAUCGGUGAAGGGAAAAGAUAUCGAACUGGCAGCUGAAGAAUCAAACCAUUCUUUAAAGGCAAUUAACCCUGAACAGGUGCAGCUUGUAGAAGCCACUGCUGGGGUCAAGGAAGGUGAUUUUGAUGUCAAGGGAACUAUUUUGCCAGGUGAUGAAGUUGAUGCCAUGAAAGAGGAUCUUCAAGUGCCCGACCAAAAAAGUUGUGACCUUGUUGAGAAGAUGGUUGGAAACACGGAUGUUGUUCAUGUAGUCACAGAAGUUCCAUGCUCUGAACAACCCUUCCUUGGCACUUGUGCCAUCGACAAUGGAAGUGCCGGAUGCACGGUGGGGAACAUAGAAAAAAGGGCAGAAGAUGCAGAUAGCAUAGUGACCCACCUUCCAGAUGCAACUUACAACCAGUGUCAUUCACCAGGAGAUUUUGAGGUUGGCACGGAAAAUGAUGUGAAUCCAAUGCUGUUGCCUGAUGGCACAAAUAUCAUCAAAGAUGAAUGCUUCUCUUCAGUUGAAACAUCCGAACCAAAGAUUGACAAAGUCCAUUCAUUGGUAGGAGCUAUUGAGCCCGUCAGUAUGAGUCCACGGCAACUGCCCGAUGCUGUGUAUAUCAACAAAGAUGAACGUGUCUCUGCAGAUGAGCCAUUUGAAGCAAAUGUCGAUGAUGCAGCCGAUGGAAAUCCAAGCAAGGAGGAGAAAAAACUAGUGGAAGAGAAUGAGAAGCUAAGAGAAAUGCUAGAGACACUGCUGGAGGCAGGGCAAGCACAGCUGGGAGUCAUUGCAGAUCUUAAUGGCAGAGUCAAGGACUUGGAGAAAAAACUGUCACAAAAGAGAAGGUGCAAGGUGAAGAGCUCCAAACCAAGAAGGCCCUCUCCCCGUAAGGUUGCAUCGUGAGACGUGCUACCGUGGAGGUGAGAUUCUAAAUUCAUCCUCACACUCUCUUUUGUGUGUGUAUGAUAAGAAAGUAAAAACAAUGUUUGUGUAAAACACAUUGGGCUCUGUUAUGCUUUUUUAUGUAUCAAUGUUAAGAACAAAUAAAUAGAGAAUCCGUAUGAAGUGUUGUGCUCUACAUAGCACAUACUCUUUUCCUCUC